GGCUCUCCAGGGCACUUGGGCCUUGGGAGAAGCACAUUCCAGUGAAGGAGGCUGGUAGGCAGGCUCCAACUCUCCUCUGUUUUUGCAGGUGCACCCCUCCCAAUCCAGCCCCAGGAUGGCACUGCCUCCCAGCCCCCUGGCUAUGGAAUAUGUCAAUGACUUUGACUUGAUGAAGUUUGAGGUAAAGCGGGAACCCUCUGAGGGGCGAUCUGGCCCCUCAACAGCCUCACUGGGCUCCACACCCUACAGCUCAGUGCCUCCUUCACCCACCUUCAGUGAGCCAGGCAUGGUGGGGCCUACGGAGGGCCCGAGGCCAGGCCUGGAGGAGCUGUACUGGCUGGCCACGUUGCAGCAGCAGCUGGGAGCUGGGGAGGCACUGGGGCUGAGUCCUGAGGAGGCCCUGGAGCUGCUGCAGGGUCAAGGUCCAGUCCCUAUGGAGGGGCCCCACAGCUACUACCCAGGGAGCCCGGAGGAGACAGGGGCCCAACAUGCCCAGCUGGUGGAGCGGUUUUCCGACGCGGCGCUGGUGUCGAUGUCUGUGCGGGAGCUCAACCGGCAGCUGCGGGGCUGCGGGCGCGACGAGGCCCUGCGGCUGAAGCAGAGGCGCCGCACGCUGAAGAACCGCGGUUACGCGCAGGCCUGUCGCUCCAAGCGGCUGCAGCAGCGGCGCGGGCUAGAGGCCGAGCGCGCCCGCCUGGCCGCCCAGCUGGACGCGCUGCGGGCCGAGGUGGCCCGCCUGGCCAGGGAGCGUGACCUCUAUAAGGCUCGCUGUGACCGGCUGACCUCGAUCGGCCCUGGGGCCGGGGACCACGCCCACUUCUUCCUCUGA